CGGCGGCGCGGGGAUAAAUCCGGAACCUCGCGAGGCUGAGAGACAGUGACGCGGGGCCCGCGGCGGAGCAGGCCGGCUUCUAGGUCGCAGCGAGGGCAGCGCGUCCCGGGUGUCAGCCAGAACAUGGCGCCCAACCUGAACUCAGCCAAGAAAUUCUUCGUUUUCUUAGGAAAAUCAUUGUUUGCCCUUCUGGAGGCUAUGGUUUUUGCCUUAAUCCCAAGGCCACAGAAGAAUGUUGCCGGUGAAAUCGUACUUAUAACAGGCUCUGGGAGUGGACUUGGAAGGCUCUUAGCCCUCAAAUUUGCCCGCCUUGGAUCGGUGCUUGUUCUCUGGGAUGUCAGCCAGGAGGGGAAUGAGGAGACCUGCAAGAUGGCUCGGGAAGCUGGAGCCACAAGGGUUUAUGCAUAUACCUGUGAUUGCAGCCGGAAGGAGGAAGUGUAUAGAGUGGCCGAUGAGGUUAAGAAAGAAGUUGGCGACGUUUCAAUCCUCAUCAACAACGCCGGAAUCGUAACAGGCAGAAAGUUCCUCGACUGCCCGGAUGAGCUUAUGGAAAAGUCUUUCGAUGUGAAUUUCAAAGCACAUUUAUGGACUUAUAAAGCCUUUCUGCCUGCUAUGAUCGCUAAUGACCAUGGACAUUUGGUUUGCAUUUCAAGUUCAGCUGGAUUAAUUGGAGUAAGCGGACUGGCCGAUUAUUGUGCAAGUAAAUUUGCAGCCUUUGGAUUUGCUGAAUCGGUAUUUAUGGAAACAUUUGCCAAGAAACAAAACGGGAUCAAAACCACUAUUGUGUGCCCAUUUUUUAUAAAAACUGGAAUGUUUGACGGUUGUACUACUGGCUGUCCUUCUCUGUUACCGAUUCUGGAACCAGAAUAUGCAGUCAGGAAGAUAGUAGAUGCUAUCCUGCAAGAAAAGCCGUACUUAUAUAUGCCAAGGUUUAUAUACUUCAUAGUGUUUUUAAAAAGAGGUGAGUGGAUGAUACCUUCUCUGCUGGUUCUGCUGUAUGAAGUUCCAGGGACCUGGGCUACGGACAGCUCCUCGCUCGGCCAUCCCUGCAGUGUGGCCACCACCAUCACCGCCAAGAUGGCAGCCAUCAUAGAACCUUCCAGGCUGCAAAUGUAGGAAGGAUUUCAUCUUCCGAACGUUGGGUUUCAUCUUCUAAACGUCAGGUUUCAUUUCUGACAUGAAGUCAUCAUUCCCAUCUUAAACAACAAAAUCUGGAUAAACUGAAAAUAAAUUACUUUUCUUUGACCCAUCAGAAAACUGAGGGCAAAACCUACUGUACAGCACAGGGAACUAUACUCAAUAUUUUGUAAUAACCUAUAAGGGAAAAUCUGAAAAAGAAUAUAUAUAUAUAUUUAAUUUAUAUAUAUAUUACAUAUAUAUGUAAAACUGAAUCACUUUGCUGUACCCCU